CCUGAGUCUUACAGGGAUGCCUGCUAGAUAGAAAGAAAGUACUUAUAGAGUUCCACGCUAGCUUGGAACUUAGGUAAUGCAGGCUAUCCUACUGAAGCUCGAAAUACAUCCAGAUAGCAUGCUGUGCAUAUGGAUACCUUGGGGGCCGGAUGAGAAGACUAGCUUCACGUCUUAGGUCUUGCUUGGACACUGACACCUUCGUGUCAACUUGGUAGUAGGGAUGGUUGAAGGAACUGCUUUGCAGUGUAAUGACGGCGAUCUGCAGAAGCGCUUUUGUUAUUUACCGCAGUGAAUGACAGGGCGCGUCAUAUGUUGAUCUAAGUAACCUGAUUUAUACAGUGAGAUAGAAGUAGUUCUGCGGUGCAGUCGCUGUGAAGCUUAGUCCACAUGGACUGUCAUCGCAGCCUAACCUUUGCCUUUUGGCGUGUUGUUAGUCUCAAUCAAAUAAAAUGUAUCUUUGACGUGGCGCCUCUAAUAUGAGAGAUGAAUUAUUCUUCAUUUAAAAAUCAUCACUAUCUUCAAAUAAUUCAAGUCCUACCUUUGAGAAAUGGUGUUUGGGCAGCAAUUGAGACGCAAUUCGGGAAGCCCGUAUGAGGGCGUGCCCAGUCAACUGACUCGUGGUCGUGUCGUCUUCAGCACAUUAGCAGCCCUUUGCUAUGGUGCAGAACAACUUCUACUUACCUUACAAAGAACAAUGAAGAUCAUUUUGUUCACUAUUCUUUAUUCCGUCGCUAGCAUCAGCCUCAAGAAUAAAGAGUACGGAGCAUUUUGAGUAGGUAUCUGGGGUAGUUGAUUCUGGGGUAGUUGAUUCUUCAAGAAAUUCUUCAAGCUCAUCAAGGUGUCCGCGGAGUUCAACUAAGUGGAGGGCGCUGCUUCUGCAGGAGUGCUCUUAGAGGUGUUGCGAAGGUGCGGCUGCUGUACAACUUCUUCGUCGGUCAACUAAAUCUUGCCGCGUUUCAUCAGGGACGAGGUGCAAGUGAGAUGAACAAAUAGUGCUGCAUGUAGAGGGAGCUUUCGGCCAGCGGGCUCACGGAAGGACUCAGCGAUAACUUCUGCCGAUCCGGUGCUCAGUGUUGUAUUUAGGGCUUUAAGCCAGUAACAAUUUAUUCUUGGUCUUUCACUUGUCAGUUGCUUGCUGAAUGGUUCCGGUAUUUGGUAGCCUGAAUUUGAUCACAAGGAUUCUCUU